AUGUCCACAGUCAAAGAUUCUCGAACGAUAGUACUCUUUGACGUGGAUGGAACGCUCACGAAACCGCGGAACCGAGUAACGACGAAAGUGCUCGCAGUGCUCCGAGCGCUGUUGCAGGUGGUUGCGGUAGGUUUCAUUGGCGGCUCUCGAAUAGGGCUGAUCGAAGAGCAGUUGGGCGCUGAAAUUCUUAAAGAAGUGGACUAUGUUUUUGCAGAAAACGGGCUGAAAACGUUCCAACACGGAGAGCUGUUAGCGUCGACGUCGCUGCUUGAGGCCGUGGGCGAGGCGAAGCUGCAAGAGUUUAUCAACUUUUGCCUGCACUAUAUAGCUGACUUGAAGAUUCCACAGAAAAGAGGCACGUUUAUCGAGUUUCGUACCGGGAUGCUUAAUAUAAGCCCGAUUGGACGGAACUGUUCUCAGGCGGAACGAGACGAGUUCGAGGCCUACGACAAAGAACACCACAUACGAGAGCAGAUGAUCGAGCAUCUUCGGGAGCGUUUCAAGCACUUGAAUUUCGUAUACUCGAUAGGUGGCCAGAUAUCAUUUGAUGUGAUGCCACAGGGAUGGACCAAAGAGUACGCGCUGCGGUUCCUACCUGAAAAGGAAUAUUCUCGGAUUGUUUUCAUCGGUGACAAGUGCUUUGAGGGGGGCAACGACUGGGAAAUAUUCUCGCAUCCAAGAGUUGAGGGGUACGCUGUUCAGAAUCCAGGGGAAACCAUCGUAGUGUUGCGGAAGCUCUUUCCGCAGAUAGAGACUCUGUUGGAUCCGGCGGUGCUGGCUGCGUGA